AUGCUAACUUCACCAACGAAUAUCCGACAGCGCAGACAGACGAGACGCAGGAGAGCAUCGUCUUGCUCGUCUGUUAACUCUACCUCGCCAUCCACCGCCACCUCUUUCCAGUUUUAUCCACCAAAAAAUGCGCAUGAACACUCUAAAAGAGCCACUUCGCCUCACAACCGACGCUGGAAACGCUCAAGCACUUCGCCAAGAGAGCUCGCCGGUCUCAAGUAUCUCGUCUUGUCGCACAUAGACGAACUGGAGAAAAAGCUCGAGCAGUUGGAACCUAUUCCAGAUUUUAAGACGGCCUCAAAGCCGAGUGCAGUUGCUUCGGACAAAUUGCUCACCGGUCGGACGCGUCUAUCUCCAGACAACUCGGAAGAAUUACCGCCAUGGAGCUCCGAAUUUGACUUUACCGUCGACGACUUGCGAACGUGGGUCGAAGACUCGCUCGAGCAACUGGCGCACCUGCGUGCAGAGGUAUCAGCACGUUUACCAGACCUCGAGGAACUCCGUGCCCAGUUUCGUGACAUCGAUUUCGACUUUGAGCUCCCCAACCUCAACCUCGACGAGUUUCGUGCUCGGCUUUCGCGCAUCGAGGUCCCCUCGCUUGGCGAACUCUCUUCACUGAGCGUGAGCGACGUAAAGAAUCGAUUAGGGGAUCUCGGCUACGAGUACCUUCCUACCCUCUCGGAACGCUUGUCGCGCCUCAACUCGCACCUCACCAGCUUGCGAACGCCUCAUCUCCCUUCCCGGACGCUGGACAAGGGUCACGCUGUCCUCAAGGAUUUCAUCGAAGCGCUCAUGUAUGACGAGGAGGAUUCACCCAUGGAGAGGGAGCGAGUCGAGGUGGAAAUCGAGCAAAUGGUCAUCCAAGUUCGUCAAGCCUUGCGAGACUCGGAGAAUGGAAAUGUCCUGCUGACUUAUGAACAACUUCCCAUCAAGUGGCGAAACAACGAACAUGUCCUUUACGGCUAUCGGUUCAUCCCUAUUGAGCGAUGGCCGACUCUUCUUCUCUCUGCCUUUCAAUUCCACAACGAAACUCUGAAUAUCCAUACACACUUUUUGCCCUUUGCCGUCUUGGGCCCCUGGUUUGCAUACGAAGCGUACACUGCAACCUCACAACUGCACGCGCUUCCAACCACUCUAUUCGGGCUGUUUGCCUCACUCUGUCUCCUGACGUCUUGCAUCUGGCACUUGUGCGCCGGGUGUUCGACAUUCAAAGUGAUGGAGACUGCGGCGCGUGUCGACUAUCUGGGCAUCGGAUGGCUCAUCUCCGCCUCGAUCGCCACCGUCGUCUACUAUGGAUUCUCAUGCCGACAAGCCGCAUUUUCCAUCUACCUGAGUAUGACAAUUCUCGCCGGACUCGCAGGGAGCAUUCUGCCGUUUAUGCAAUGGUUCAACGAACGCAAGCACAAAAAAUGGCGCAUCGUCUUUUUCCUCAGCCUCGCCCUCACGGGAUCAUCCCGAUCGUCCACAUGUGCUCCCUUCACUCGGCAAAGGAGACGUUUUCAUAUAUUCUCCCCAUCGUCCCGAGUCUGGCUUCCUACAUCUUUGGACUCGUCUUUUACGCUUCUCAUUUCCCUGAAUGCUGCUGGUCGACCCCCGAAGGGACAGGCCCUAUUCAGUAUCAUAAGGUGGAAUCUUCCAGCACGAUUAGUGAUUGGGCAAAGGACUUAA